AUGGCCACCGACACCUUCGUCACCGACGUGACCUUCGGGCCGGACGUGAUCGUCACCACCGUGACCAACUCCGGCGCGACCGUGGAGGGCUGGCUCCAGGAGAUCCGCUCCGUCCUCGGCGACCUCGUCGUCGGGAUCGACGUCGAGUGGCGCCCCAGCUACGGCCCCUCCCAGAACCCCGUCGCGCUCCUGCAGCUCUGCGUCGGCCGCCGCUGCCUCAUCUUCCAGCUCCUCCACGCCGACUUCGUCCCCCAGGCUCUGUCGGGCUUCCUCGCCGACCCCAACCUCCGCUUUGUCGGCGUCGGCGUGCAGGAGGACGUCGAGCGGCUCAGCGACGACCACAGCCUCGCGGUGGCCAACGCGGUCGACCUGCGUGGCCUCGCGGCGGAGGGGAUGCAAAUGCCGGAGCUCCGCCAGGCCGGACUGCAGGCCGUGGCGCGCACCGUCAUGGGAGCCAACCUUCAGAAGCCACAGAGGGUGAGGAUGGGCCCGUGGGACGCCUACUGCCUCUCCUACGACCAGAUCAAGUACGCCUGCAUCGACGCUUUCGUCUCCUUCGAGGUUGGCCGGAAGCUGCUCACAGGCGACCUCUGA